GGACGUGACGUAGGGAGGGUUCCGGCUUCGGCCUCCGCCGCUGCCGCCGCUGGUACCGCCGCGGAUACCGCUGCCGCCGUCGGGGCUUCUUAUUUCUAAAAUGGCGCCCCUGGACUUGGACAAGUACGUGGAGAUAGCGCGGCUAUGCAAAUACCUACCGGAGAACGACUUGAAGCGGCUAUGUGACUACGUUUGUGACCUCCUGUUGGAAGAAUCAAAUGUCCAGCCAGUAUCAACACCAGUAACAGUGUGUGGAGACAUACAUGGACAGUUUUAUGACCUUUGUGAACUAUUCAGAACUGGAGGUCAGGUUCCUGACACAAACUACAUAUUUAUGGGUGAUUUUGUAGACCGAGGUUACUAUAGUUUGGAGACCUUCACUUACCUUCUUGCACUAAAGGCUAAAUGGCCUGAUCGUAUUACACUUUUGCGAGGAAAUCAUGAGAGUAGACAGAUAACACAGGUGUAUGGAUUUUAUGAUGAGUGCCAAACCAAAUAUGGAAAUGCUAAUGCCUGGAGAUACUGUACCAAAGUUUUUGACAUGCUCACAGUAGCAGCUUUAAUAGAUGAGCAGAUUUUGUGUGUUCAUGGUGGUUUAUCUCCUGAUAUCAAAACACUGGAUCAAAUUCGAACCAUUGAACGGAAUCAGGAAAUUCCCCAUAAAGGAGCAUUUUGUGAUCUGGUUUGGUCAGAUCCUGAAGAUGUGGAUACUUGGGCAAUCAGUCCCCGAGGAGCAGGUUGGCUUUUUGGCGCAAAGGUCACAAAUGAGUUUGUUCAUAUCAACAACCUAAAACUCAUCUGCAGAGCACAUCAAUUAGUGCAUGAAGGCUAUAAAUUUAUGUUUGAUGAGAAGCUGGUAACAGUAUGGUCUGCUCCUAAUUACUGCUAUCGUUGUGGAAAUAUUGCUUCAAUCAUGGUCUUCAAAGAUGUAAAUACAAGAGAACCAAAGUUAUUCCGGGCAGUUCCAGAUUCAGAACGUGUUAUUCCUCCCAGAACGACGACGCCGUAUUUUCUCUGAGGCCUUCGCCCCAUCCUGCUGACCCAUUUUUCUGCCCUCUUCUUACCCCAACUUCCUUGUGUUACCCUCUACAAUAUACUUUUUAUUGAGCACUUUGCUGCUGAAAUGCUGCCUCUUGCCUUUUUUUUUAAAUUUUAAAUUAUCUAAAUUUAUUGUUUGUUAUGGUGUCUAUAGCAACGUUUUUCUAUCAGUUUUCUCCCCUGUCCCAUCCCCGCCUUGGACUCACUUGAGAAGACUUGAGAAAUGUCUUAAUACUCACACUGCUGCAUGUAGCUCUUGCUUAUUUACCGGUCUGAGGGAAACAGAAUGUGUUUCCUUUUUUAAAAAGCCAAUUGACAGAACAGACUACUCUGAAAUACUCUUCCUUUUGUAUUAUUCAGUCUUCUGUUUUAGUUUGGUAAGUUUUAAGAAAUUUCAGCAGCAAAGUUGUUAUCCAGUGGGCACGAUGGACUGCAAAUGACUCGAGUUAUGUGUACCGUCCCAGCUGUAAACUUCAUUGUCCUUUGUUGGAUGAUAUUUUAAAUGGAUAUAAAAUAAAUUGGUCUAAAGGGCUGCCCUUUGUUGUGUUUUUAAAUUUUAGUUUUAAAACUGCUAUAG